AUGCAAACACGUUCAACAUUAGAUACAAGUCCAAAUAAUUUAUUUACAAAUAUUGGACGGUUAGGUACACGUGAUUUAUUAUCCUAUGGACAAUUUUCAUAUGAUACUAUAUUAACAUCAAUCCAAAAUGAUUUAAUGAUAUCCUUAAUAAGUUAUAAUUUAUGUAAAUCUAGUAUAUUACUGGAACCAAGAACAAAAGAAUAUAAUGACUUAUACAUAAAUUUAAUUGAACGUAAUUAUAAAUUAAUAACUAAAACUCAUACAUAUGCAUCAUAUUUAUUUUUACUUGAAAGUCAUGAAGUUGAUUUAAAUUUAUACGAUAUUUUGUUAUUAUUAAUUAAAGAUGAUGAUUUAACACAAGAAAUUAUAUCAAUUAGUCUUGAAAAACUUUUAAUAGUUGGUCAAUAUCCCAAAAAUGAUAUAUGGUGUUAA